UUCUGUGAGUCACACAAUUGGGCUAUGAAGAAGAAACUGCGAACUGUGCCUGUAUCCAUAUGCAGUGACAGCUGUCCACCAGGAACACGCAAGGUUCUGCAGAAGGGGAAGCCAAUUUGCUGCUAUGACUGUGUACCAUGUGCUGAAGGAGGAAUAAGUAAUACUUCAGAUUCAUCUGACUGCUUGUCUUGUCACAAGGAGUUCUGGCCCAAUGCGGAGAAGACCUUAUGUCUUCCAAAGCCUGUUGAGUUUCUUUCUUUUCAUGAGGUUUUGGGAAUCAUCUUGACAUCAUUUUCAGUUGGAGGAGCAUGUUUAACCAUUGUUACAGCCAUAGUUUUCUUCCAUCAUAGGUAUACUCCAAUAGUUAGGGCCAACAACUCUGAACUGAGCUUUCUUUUGCUCUUCUCCUUGACUUUGUGUUUCCUGUGUUCUCUUACAUUCAUUGGUCGUCCCUCGGACUGGUCCUGUAUGCUUCGCCACACAGCCUUUGGGAUAACAUUUGUCCUCUGUAUUUCUUGUGUUCUGGGAAAGACUAUAGUUGUGUUAAUGGCAUUUAAAGCCACACUGCCAGGUAGCAACAUUGCUAAAUGGUUUGGCCCUACACAGCAGAGAAUGACUGUAGUAUCUUUUACAUUUGUUCAAGUCUUGAUAUGCAUUAUUUGGUUGGUUCUUAGGCCUCCUUUCUCUAUUAGAAACCUGACCACCUACAAUGAGAAAAUAAUUCUAGAAUGUGCAUUAGGCUCAGCGAUCGGUUUCUGGGCUGUGCUUGGGUACAUCGGUCUCCUUGCUGUAUUUUGUUUUGUUUUAGCUGUUCUGGCCCGAAAACUACCUGACAAUUUUAAUGAAGCUAAGCUUAUUACAUUUAGUAUGCUUAUAUUCUGUGCUGUUUGGAUCGCUUUUAUCCCAGCAUAUAUCAGUUCCCCUGGAAAGUUCACUGUAGCUGUCGAGAUCUUUGCCAUAUUGUCCUCUAGUUUUGGGUUGAUAUUCUGUAUAUUUGUUCCAAAAUGUUUUAUCAUUUUGUUUAGACCAGAGAAAAACACCAAGAAAAAUGUAAUGGGUAAAAAAUAACUGGUUGAUUUUCAUUGAUUAAUUAACAAGCUUUUGUUAAUCAAUCAAGAAAUUAAUCAAGAAA